ACAAACUCAAAACAUAAGAAUUAAGAAGAAAUCAUCAAACCAAAAAAAUUACCAGCAUUCAUUCAUUCUUUUCCACCUAUUUUUUAUUUCCCUCGUUUUUGCAAAUCAAGAACAACAAAAGCAAAAAGGUCAAAAUCAUCAAACCUAAGAAAGAAAAACCAGUUCAUCUUCUAUAAUUCUUUCUCCUCCCACCCAUUAGUUGUGCCCUAAUUUGAGGUUCAUAUCAAAGCUAGAUCUCAAUUCUCAACCGUUUGAUCAGCUGAUUCAAUGGGUGUUCCAGCAUUCUACAGGUGGUUAGCUGAUCGCUAUCCAUUGGCGAUUUCCAACGUUGUUGAAGAAGAACCAAGGGAGGAGGAAAACGGCGUCGUAUACCCAGUUGAUGUAUCCAAACCUAAUCCUAAUGGCAUGGAGUUUGAUAAUUUGUACUUGGAUAUGAAUGGGAUCAUUCACCCUUGUUUCCAUCCUGAUAAAAGGCCUGCACCUACAACAUAUGAUGAGGUGUUCAAAACAAUUUUUGCGUACAUUGAUCAUCUAUUUUUAUUGGUUCGUCCAAGGAAGAUUCUCUACAUGGCAAUUGAUGGAGUUGCACCUAGAGCUAAAAUGAAUCAGCAACGUUCACGGCGCUUCAGAGCUGCAAAAGAUGCCGCAGAGGCUGAAGCAGAGGAGGAAAGACUGAAAAAAGAGUUUGAGUCUGAGGGAAGGAUCCUGGCUUCUAAAGAGAGACGAGAAACCAGUGACUCAAAUGUUAUCACUCCAGGUACCGAAUUUAUGUUUGUGCUCUCGGUGGCACUUCAGUAUUACGUGCAGAAGAAAUUGAACAACCACGCUGGCUGGCGGAGGGUAAAGGUUAUUUUAUCUGACGCUAAUGUGCCUGGCGAAGGAGAACAUAAAAUUAUGUCGUACAUUCGGUUGCAAAGAGAUCUUCCUGGUUUUGAUCCCAAUACUCGACACUGUUUGUAUGGGUUGGAUGCUGAUUUGAUUAUGUUGGCUUUGGCCACACAUGAGCUGCAUUUUUCAAUUCUGAGAGAGGUUGUCACUCUGCCUUCACAGCAAGAGAAAUGUUUUACUUGUGGUCAAGGUGGUCAUCUGGCAGCUGAAUGUCGUGCUAAGCCUGAUAUAAAUGGAAACUUGGUAGAUGACACCCCUAUAUACAAGAAAAAAUAUCAGUUCCUCCACAUUUGGGUAUUGAGAGAAUAUCUGCAAUAUGACCUGGAGAUUCCUAAUCCUCCUUUUACUACGGAUUUUGAACGUUUGGUUGAUGAUUUCGUGUUCCUGUGCUUCUUUGUUGGCAAUGACUUCCUUCCGCAUAUGCCUACACUUGAAAUUCGAGAGGGUGCAAUAAACCUGCUGAUGCAUGUAUACAGAAGCGAAUUUGCAGCUAUAGGUGGUUAUCUUACUGAUGCUGGUGAAGUCUUUCUAGAUAAAGUGGAACAGUUUGUUCAAUUAGUUGCAGUUCACGAAGAGCAAAUCUUCCAGAAACGGGUCCGCUUACAGCAGUAUUAUGAGAAUAAUGAGGAGAAGAACAGGUUGAGAAGAGAUCCCGUUGAAGAGCCACAAACUCCAGUUGAAGAUAAGAUCAAACUUGGGGAGCCUGGAUAUAAAGAGAGGUAUUACGCCGAGAAAUUUGGUGCAUCAAGUCAGGAGGAAAUCGAUAAAAUCAGGAAAGAUGUGGUUUUGAAGUAUGUAGAAGGUUUAUGUUGGGUUUGCCGUUACUACUACCAAGGUGUUUGCUCAUGGCAAUGGUUCUAUCCAUACCAUUAUGCUCCAUUUGCUUCUGAUCUAAAAGAUUUAGCUGAUCUAGAAAUCACAUUUUUCUUGGGAGAGCCAUUUAAGCCUUUUGAUCAACUCUUGGGAACUCUACCAUCCGCAAGUUCCGAUGCUUUGCCGGAGAUGUACAGGAAAUUGAUGACAGAUCCAUCAUCACCUCUGCUUGAGUUUUAUCCUCCUGAUUUUGAUAUUGAUAUGAAUGGUAAACGCUUUGCUUGGCAGGGUAUUGCAAAGUUGCCAUUCAUUGAUGAAAAUAAAUUGCUAGAUGAAACCAAGAAGCUAGAGGAAACUUUGACGGUAGAUGAGCAGCGCCGGAAUUGUGUGAUGUUUGAUAUGUUAUAUGUUCAUCCUGCACAUCCUUUAGCUUCUCAAGUUGUACCAUAUUACCAGUUCUACUAUCAGAUGCCUCCUGACCAAAGAUAUGCUUGGCCAAUUGACAGCAAUGCAAGCUGCGGAAUGAAUGGUUAUUUAUGGAUAUCUGAGAGGAAUGGAUGGAGACAAGUAGUCCCUUCACCAAUAUUUGGGCUACCUGAUAUUACAAACAACCAAGCUUUAAAUGUGACGUACUUGAAUCCUCUGCCUCGUAAACACAUUCCGCAGCCUCCAAAGGGUGCAAUUAUGCCAGCAAAGAUGGUAAAAUAUUCUGAUGUGAAACCUUUCCCCGCAUUAUGGCAUGAAGACAAUGGCAAUCGGCGUCAAUUUGGACGUGAUAGGCCUCAAGUACCAGGAGCAAUACGUGGGCCUCAGUUGGGUGAAGCUGCUCAUCGUCUCCUAAAGAACACAUUAAAUAUGAAACAUACUGGUUCAUCUCCUGGAUUAUUGGAUUAUUAUAUGCCCCAUCAGAAUCAGAAUCAUCCAGGCAACAAUACGUUUAAUAGGCCAAGGCCAGCUGGACCUGUAGGAUAUGAAAGAGGCUACUACGAUGACAGAAAUUACUACGGGCCCCGUCCUAUGGCUAAUGGCUACAGAGCACCAUAUGAGCCGCGUGGAAUUAGACAAAAUGAUAGAUUACCACACCGUGGAGGUGGAGGUGGAGAUGACCGUGAUUUGGGAGUUGCUAUGUCAAAUUUGACUCUAGGAGGAGGGAUUCGGAAUAGACCACCAGCUGAAAUGAGACCAAGGAUGCAACAAAACAAUUUUGGUCAACUUCCAUCACCGCCUAUCAAUUGGAUUAAUAGACCAGAAACUGGGAAUAACAUGCAUUUCAGACAGCAGGAAAUGUCACCCCAGAAUCAGCACAGGCAAGUUUACCAAGUUAAGACACAAGUACAACCAACUCAACCAGAAUGAUUUCACUGCUAAAAAGUAAAACCAUGGAAACUGUUUCAACGGGGUCAUGUGUUUUGAUGAUAUUGUUGAUCUGUAUAGUAAAAUAUGUUUUAGAUCGACACAAUCUCAAAGUAAAGAAGAGUCGAUUCCUUAUUAUUUUAGGAUGUUGAAGGAGCGGAUGUGUUUAUUGUCGGAUGCAUAAGUUGGCAAGCUUGCUUAUGUUCUGUUGUAGUGUAUUCUUAUAUUAUCAUCAAGGUCAUUUUGGUGGCUGCUUGUCUGUAAAUUAACAUUUUACAGUUAGGUGUACGGUCAUGGUAGACACUUGACAUCGAUUAUCUAGAUCAAUUGUUUUUAGAUGUAACAGAAUCCCAGUUAGUUACAGAAUUAAUGUACAAUUGGCUGAAAAGCUAACAACUUUCUUUCUCCAAAA